GCACAAUGGCCUUCUACGAAGACGAGCAUGGCACCAUUCAGAUCGGCGCCCUCCAGGGUUCCACUAGAAGAGAUUUGUUACGCCUUUGCAUCCCCAUGAUGGUCUUGACCACCUUGUCCGUCGCUAUGCGUGUCUACGUUCGCGGCUACAUGACGCGAACCUUCGGCAUCGAGGACUGGCUGGUUAUCCCUGCAUACGUCGUAUUCAUGGUCUUGUGUAUAUGUGCAAUUGCCAUCGGUCAAUGGUUGCUGAAUGAAGACGUUAUGGUUCACUAUGCCAGGAUCAUCAAACUAACCAUAGGCAACAGUGUCUUGUACAUUGUGGACCAGGUUCUCAUCAAAAUUUCCAUCGGUGCCUACUGCCAUCGUAUAUGCGAGCGUUGGCAGCGUUACAUCAUCGUUGGCACCGUCUCUAUCUUCUCCUUGUAUAAUCUGGCCUUCUUGUUCGUCAGCACCUUCCAGUGCGGCGUACCCACCGUCUCAAACCUUGUCAGAGCAAACAGCGAUGGGCACUGCAUUGAUUGGGAGCAUGUUGUCAGGCCUCUGCUGUAUGUUAGCGUUGCGCUCAAUGCAGCGUGUGACUGGGUCUUUGUCCUAGCAUGUCUUCCCGUGCUUGCUAAGCUACGACGAAUGCCAAUCGACGAGAUCGUUUGCAUCUACUUUCUAAUCUUCCUAGCUACCGGAGCUAGUGUCCUCUCCCUGGUGCGACUGCGGUUUCUACCAGCAGGNGGGACCGAUGUCCUCCUUCUCAAGCACAACUCCGACUUCGCUGUGCUGUCGUUCAUCGAGGCCGGCACGGCUAUCAUCACUGUCUGCAUGGCGACUCUCCAUCCACUGUUCCAGGCCUGUGUUCGAAGGAGAGGCACCUCCAGAUAUCCCGCAACUAGCAGUCCCCGGAAGCCGGACUCUUCAGAGCCCAUCUCGAGCGAGAAGAAGCAAGCAGGACCCGUCAAUAUGGAAGAAUUGUCGACCGAGCAUUCAAGUCUCGGCCGGAUAGGCAUACUCCCGACAAUCUAUGACAGCGAGAUAGGUACUAUGACCGAGCGCGAUUCACCCGAACUCGGAUACACCAACGACUGGACA